CCCUCCCCCUUUCCCAACUCGAUCUGCCUCUCUAAUUCUCUCUCCCUCACACACACAGACACACACACACACACACAGGAAGAGAGGAGCACACUUUCGAGGCGAGGAUCCCUCUGACUGCUCCGCUCCACUCCGUGCUCCCUCCCAUGGCAGGCAGACGACUGGAGAAGAGGAGGAAUAGAGGAAUACUGCAGUGACCAACCAGCUGCUCUCUCUCUCUCGUGGCUCCACUGCUUUCAUCCACUCUUUUUUUUUUUUCACCCCCCGCCAAUUAUAUCAUGAACCUGUCUGCUGCUUGUUGAUAAGGACAGCAAAACAGGGAGCAGUGGACAAGGCAUUAUUUUGUUGCUAAGCCUCCUGAGCCUAGGACACAGCAGGCAUGGCGGAGGCAACCAGAGACCUGGGACAACAGGGUGUGGGGACAACAGAUCCUGAGGACUCUCCCAACAUGAUAGUUUAUAGAAAGAUUGAAGACGUCAUUAUGCGGAUACAGGAUGAGAAGGCAGGAGGGGUGGCCAUCCGAACUGUCAAGAGCUUCCUGUCCAAGAUCCCCAGUGUGGUAUCAGGAGCAGACAUUGUCCUGUGGCUGGUGAAAAACCUCUCAAUUGAGGACUCAGCUGAAGCCAUCCAUUUAGGGAGCCUGAUUGCUGCCCAGGGUUACCUCUUCCCCAUCUCCGACCACGUCCUCACUCUCAAAGAUGAUGGGACCUUAUACCGCUUCCAGGCUCCAUACUUCUGGCCCUCUAAUUGUUGGGAACCUGAAAACACAGACUAUGCCAUCUACCUGUGCAAGCGCACCAUGCAGAACAAGGCCAGGCUGGAGCUAGCUGACUACGAGGCUGAGAACCUGGCUCGACUGCAGAGGGCCUUCGCCAGGAAGUGGGAGUUCAUCUUCAUGCAAGCUGAGGCACAGGUCAAGAUCGACAGGAAGAAGGACAAGGUUGAGAGGAAGAUAUUGGACAGCCAAGAGAGGGCAUUCUGGGACGUCCAUCGCCCUGUGCCAGGCUGUGUAAAUACCACAGAGAUGGACAUUCGCAAGUGCCGUAGAGAGAAGAAUCCACAGAGGGUGAAAAAGUCGGUGUAUGGGGUAACAGACGACACCCAGACUCAGAGUCCAGUCCACCAGUCCCUCCCGUCCCAGCCGGUCAGGAAGCCCACCAGAGAGGACGUGCAGAAGGAGAUUUCCUUCUUGAACAUCCAGCUGGACAGACACUGUAUGAAAAUGUCCAAAGUAGCAGACAGCCUCAUGGGCUACACGGAACAGUUCAUGGUCUACGAUCCUUUGGCGUCAACCGUUGAACCGUCCAACCCCUGGAUCAGCGAUGACAUGACCUUCUGGGACCUGGAGGCUAGCCGGGACCCCAGCCAGCACCGUGUGAAGAAGUGGGGCUUCUCUCUGGAGGAGGCCCUAAAGGACCCAGCAGGGCAGGAAGCGUUCCUCAAGUUCCUGGAGUCGGAGUUCAGUUCAGAGAACCUCCGGUUCUGGUUGGCAGUGCAGGACCUGAAGCGGAGGCCCCUGGAGAGCGUGGCAACCAGGGCCCAGGAGAUCUGGCAGGAGUUCCUGGCAGAGGGAGCGCCCAGCUCCAUCAACUUGGACUCCCACAGCUAUGAGCGCACCAGCCAUAACCUCCAAGACCCUGGACGAUACAGCUAUGAGGACGCACAGGAGCACAUCUUCAAGUUGAUGAAAAGUGACAGCUAUGCACGCUUCCUGAGAUCUAACAUCUAUCAGGACCUCCUGCUAGCCAGAAAGAAGCCGGAUGAUCAGCACCACAGCAGAUCAAAGCAUCAUCUUCUCUUGUCACAGACAGAGAGUGAGCAGGGCCGUCGUACCUCCCUGGAGAAGUUCACCCGCAGUGUGGGAAAGUCUUUGACGGGCAAGCGGCUGACAGGGCUGAUGCAGUCCUCCUGACACUGCCUGGGCAGGAGGGGCACAGACAGACACCCCUGGAGGGGUCAUGACCAUGUGGGGAGAGGGGCGUGCUGGGGCAGGAGGCUCUCUUCUGAAGGGUUACAGACAGUACCAUGCAGAACUGGGGUUAGGAAUACUCACAGAACCACAGAGGAAUGGAUCAUGCCAACCAGGGCGGGCCUUGACCCACUCACUACAUGGCAUGCAUACAGUACAGGCACACACAGUUACAGUAGGGAGACAUAUAAGCUCAAAGAGUCAUAAUGGGGUAUAUACAUAUAUAUACAUUUCCAUCUGCCCUCACUAGGCAGUCAGCAAUAAAGACAGCAGGAUAACAAAUCUCUCUUUUUUAUAUCUAUCUAAAUCUAUGUCAUAUUUUUUCUUAUACAGUACACCGCAUAAUCCUGUUCACUGAUAGAAAUGUAAAACCUGUUAUUUUUUGCAGUGAUUGGGAAUAUAUUUUUAUUUGCCCAUAAAUCUAAGGUAUUAUAAUUGUUAUUAUAGAAGAUCGGUUAAGUAACUUUGAGGGAAAUUCUCCAUGCUUCAUUACAUUCCAAGAGUAGGUAUAAGGCCUUGAUAGAGAAUCUACAAUGAAUCAUUGCAUGUUUCAUCAAAACAUUUUGUUAGUUUAGAAUUCAUGCUGUGGUUGGAUUUUUAUUGAUUGAAAUCAUGAAGUCCAAUUGAGGUCAACGGCUUAUUUUUUCAAAGGAGACCUGGACAAGAAAGCUCUAGUAUUUUACAUAGAUGAUCAUACACUCUAGAACACCUACCAUUUGAUUCAAUCAAUAUAGAUAGCUAUAAUGUUUCAAAACCCUAUCCCUUAUGGAAAAUGUCAAUAAUGUCAAUGAGUUUAUACAUUUGUGAUUUCAACCUUAUUUAGUAUUUUACACGGCAUCAUGGGGUUUACAUAUUAUUCUGGACCUAUUCAAGCAGAUACAUGCCAAAUAAGUGCCACGUCUGAUCAGUCGCAGAGAUACUUAAGUGACAUUCACAUGCCUUACAGGCCCCUAAUGAAAAUAGCCCUGCAUCACUACCAUCUAAUGGAGAGUAAAAACCAUGCACAACCUCUGUGGAACAUGGUGGCCUUCCCUGCCCUAACAGGAGGUGUGGCAGGAAUAUUUAUUUCAUGUCAAAUUAUUUAUUAACCUUCUUUAACCGGUGGAACCCAUUGAGACCAGGGCCUCAUUUCACCCCGCAAGCAGAGGUGUCCUACAGUAUAACGUUUAACAGCCUAAGAAAUUCAGUUUUAUUCAGUACUAGCCUUUCUGUUGCAUGAGUGUCAAUGUAAACCAUUACCUACAUGCUCAGUCAUUUAUCCAUAGUCCAGUCUUUGGGUCAGAGAGAUGUGUAUGUGCUCAUCAUGUUGCAAGCCAUUGUUAUAUUUGCCAAACAGUGUGGAUGCUUGUUAGGGAAAAUGCUCUGGCGGAAUGGAGUUCAGGGAGUCUGAGCUGGGGAGUAAAAGUCUCGUGAACAAAGACCCAGCAGGCUGCUUGAUCCUCUUCUAUCUUCAAACACAAAAGGGAAAUGCCCUCGAGCCCCACCACUGAACAGAACAGAAGCAUCACUGCUGAAAGGACAAACUCAUGAUAUACACCUGACUGAUAUAUUGCAUCCACCCCUGGAACUGGAACAUACAGUACAUACCACUUCUACCCUCCCAAAGUCCUGAGCUAGAAGAGGGUAUCAUUCACAGCACAACAACAACUCCCUCGUGUGGUGGGAGGGGGGAGGGGGGGGGGGGGCACAUGAUCAACUCAGAUCAAAGUUUAUUGGUUGCAUACACAGUUAUGCCAGAGACAAUAUGAAAGACAAAUCGAGAGCUAGGCACUAUAAUGUUCAAUCUGCAUUGUCAAAAUUCAGUUAUUGACAGUUCUGUUCAGUGUUCUCUAUCUAUAUAGUGAUCUAAAUAACACAAUUCACGUGAAUUUAAAAAUAAAAAAAAUUGCUUAGAGCGAAGGGUUCGGAACUUUAAUGCCAAUUAUAUCAGAAUCAUCUUUUUUUUCAGAUAGAACGUUAUAGUCCCAAGUUCUUGAAAUACUGAGAUAAUUAUUUCAAUAAUUGUUUCAAUUAGAGUUGCUGCAAUACACUGUACUGGUUAAUAUUUAUGAUUAUCAUAAACUGAUAACCUCUUGACGGUAGAGAUGCUUCAUGUAUUGAGUCAGUGUUUAAAAAUAUUGUCGGCACAAACACAAUAGUGUACAGAGUGCAUUGUAUAUAAAUCGACUCUAUAGAUUUCCAUGAUCUAAAAGCACAUGUUAUGGUAUGGGCACAUUACUAUGCAUGUAACAUAUCCAGGGAAGUUGUGCUUCUAGUUUCUCAAACAGCAAGAUGACUAUUAUCAAUGUAAAAUACCCAUGCACCUGAUAUCUUGUGGGCACCAAAUAAUAAAACCUUUGGACCUCUGUCUACAUGGUGACCUCUCAUUUACAGAAUGUGGUAACAUUGUAAUGACUACAAUAGUGUUACAUAGGACCGCAGGCAAACAUCCACAAAUAUCCAGAGAGGGCAGCGUCUCAUUCUUUAUUUUCUUUCAAUACAAUAAAAAUAGUUUAACAAAGACUUAAAUUCUCUCGAUUUGAGU